AUGAACAAUCUAAUAACUAUUCAGUUAAUGCGUAAGACAUUUUCAUUCAGAACUCCUAUCAACAACGAUAACCUAAACUCGCCAAUAUCUUCAUCACUUGACUACUAUUCAUCACAAACACAUUCAACCUCACCACAUGAUGACAAUAUAACAAAUAUGUACAACAACAACAAUACAGGCAGCAUCACCACCACCACCCACAACAACAACAACACCAAUAAUAUUAAUCAUAAUGACGAUGAUAUCAUUGAUGGUGUUGAUCGAGGUGAUAUUUGUCUAGUUGGAAAUGAUCGAGGCAGUAGAGAUACCGGUGAAAAUAACUCUGGUGCUGGUAAUGAACUUCUUGUGGUAAAAAUUAAAAAAAUUCGAAAACCACGUACAAUUUAUUCAAUAUGGCAGCUGCAAAUGUUGAAUAGUCGUUUUAUUCAUUCACAAUAUUUAAAUUUAACUGAACGAGCUAGCCUGGCUUCACAGCUUGGUUUAACGCAGACACAAGUGAAAAUAUGGUUUCAAAAUAAACGUUCAAAGUUGAAGAAAAUUCUUCGUCAAGGUCAAGAUCCAACAGUUUUUCUCAAUAGUACAACUAAUGGUACAGGAGAUGAAGAUCAAAUGGAAAGUGAUUAUGAUGAAGAUGCUAAUUCUCUAAAUUAUGAUGCACCAAAAUUAUCUUCACAUGUUGACAAUUCAGAUCAGAUCAAGUACAAUAAUAAUAAUAAUAAUCUUCCGCGUAGUCAACACUCUCUUCAAACAAAUCCUCAUCAACUACCGUCAAUAAAUCGUCGAAAAGAAGACUUCAUCAAUGAAUCCGUUGAAAUACAAAAGACCUCUGAACUUAAUAACCCAUAUGAAAAUCGAUUUUUCCCAUCAAUGAAUUUAAAACAUGAAUCAUAUUUAGACAGUAAACCGCAACUGAAUACAUUAACCGAUCCAAGCCAAUCAAAUACAUUUGUACAACCUGAUGAUAACGUGCCAUCAGCUCCAAAUCACAUGUUAACCGACCAAUCUAGUCAUCGUUUAACUUCGUCAAAAUCAUCAUCUUAUUCAGAUGUAAGACAAAGUCUUUCUGAGGGUAUUACUAAUACGAACAAUACAGUCAGUCAUGAAGAAGUCUAUUCAUCACACACAUCAUGGUCAUCAUCAAGUCCUGUAAAACCUAAAGGAAAAAUCGAUGAAACCUGUUCAACUUCCCCUCAUCCACCUAUCACGAUAAACCAGUCGAAUACAGCUGAGGCGAAAUGGUCCACCAUUGCUGUAAAUCAACCAAACGAGAUGAAUUCUGAUUGGUUAUCGAAAGAUACACUUCGAUAUCCAAACAAUGAGAUCUCUGCUCACCAGACUAUAGAAGAAAAAUAUAAAAGUAUUACAAAUCAUUCAGAGCAAUGGUCUACAAUUGAUCGGCCUAAGAUUGAACCACAAGCUGAGUCAACUUUACUCGAAGUUCCAUAUGAUUAUACAUAUUAAGAGUUAUGCAAUAUUUAAUUUACUAUACUAUUUAUUACUGAAGGAAAAUAACCCAAAUGUGUGUGUGUGUAUUUUCCUACAGCGCCUCAAGAGAAUAAAAUCAAAGUUUAAAAUUCAAUGUCCAAGGUGAUCACUAUGCACACACAUACAUACAUACACAGAUACGUAUAAUUAAAACAAAAUUGAAUAUUGAACAAGACAAGAGAGCAUUUCUAUCUUACAUAAUGUUCUAUUUACUUUUGUUUUUGAUUUCGCAUAAACAUACGCAUCAAACACACAAACCGUUAGGGGUGUUGGAUCGUUUCAUUUCCCCUGAAUUUGAUUUUUGGUUCACAAUUUCAUCAAAUUACUCUUUAUUCACAUUAUUGAUUUUUUGAAUGAUUUUUGAAUUUUCGGUCUCUUCGAAAUUCUAAUGAUUAUUCCAUAUUAAUCUUGUUAAUAUUAUUGUUACUAUUGUUAUGAUUAUUAUUAUUAUUAUGAGGUGUACUAACUUACCAGUUGGGAGUUUCAUAACACCUUAUUGACAGUGUCAUGUCAUUUGUGGAAG